AUUUGGAGUUUCUUGUUCACUUUUGCAUAGAAGAAGACGUUCAAAAUGGCGGAGCGUGGCUACAGUUUCUCUCUUACCACAUUUAGCCCCUCGGGUAAACUGGUCCAGAUUGAGUAUGCGCUGGCAGCUGUAGCAGCAGGAGCUCCUUCAGUUGGCAUCAAAGCAACUAAUGGAGUGGUUCUGGCUACGGAGAAGAAGCAGAAGUCCAUUCUGUAUGAUGAACAGAGUGUCCACAAAGUGGAGCCCAUUACCAAACACAUAGGCAUGGUCUACAGCGGCAUGGGACCCGACUACAGGGUUUUAGUGCGACGAGCCCGGAAGCUGGCACAGCAGUACUAUCUGGUGUAUCAGGAGCCCAUCCCUACAGGCCAGCUUGUCCAGAGGGUGGCCUCUGUAAUGCAGGAGUACACACAGUCUGGUGGAGUGCGUCCAUUUGGUGUAUCACUGCUGAUAGCUGGUUGGGAUGAGGAUCACCCAUACUUAUUCCAGUCUGAUCCUUCUGGAGCAUAUUUUGCAUGGAAAGCCACAGCCAUGGGAAAGAACUACGUCAAUGGAAAAACAUUCCUUGAAAAAAGAUAUAACAAUGACCUGGAGCUAGAAGAUGCCAUUCACACAGCCAUCCUUACAUUGAAGGAGAGUUUUGAGGGUCAGAUGACAGAGGAGAACAUUGAGGUGGGAAUCUGCAAUGAGGCCGGGUUCAAAAGGCUCACCCCAGCAGAGGUGAAAGACUACCUGGCAGCCAUCGCGUGAACACACCCUUCCUGAUGGGCCUCCUGGCCACAUUUCACAACAGAUUUAGCAGCACAGUAGCCAAUAGACACAAGAAGCAAAAGAGUAUGCCCACAAUACCAUCACUAUAACGAAGACAGAGACACUAAUGAUCAUCAUUACUCUGUGUCUACACAAAUGUGUUUGUAUUUAAAGAAAUAAGAACAUGAAUUAGGCUUACUUUAACAUCUACUCUAUUAAUAUCAUAGGUGACAAUUGGCUGCUGUGCAAACUAAAAGAGUUUUGGGCUCUGACAGAAAUCUCAGGUCUUCCAUUGAAUCUUCAUUUUCUUAUUGCCUAAUACUUUGUAAAGGCGGUGUGCUGAGUUUUCAGACACAUCACUUUUACAUAAUAAAUUUAGCUAAGAACAAUAUUUAAAUAGUAAUCAGACUUAUUAGAGGUCAUGGCAAAUUAUUUCCCUCUAAUCCAGCAAAAUAUUUUUUUGUAUCUGUGCCCUUAGCAAUAUUAAGUUGCAUAAGAAAAAGUAAAGUAUGGAAGAUUCAGUGGCUAGCCUUGAGAUUUUUACAGUCAGGAUCUGGUUGCUGUACAACAGUUUUACAUUAUGUACUCCUUUUUUCAGGCUUGUUCCUAAAUUUGUAUUUCCUCCACUGUUAUGUGUCACUUAUUCAAAUAAAGAAUGGCGAACUGUU